AUGCCUUUCCUUAUACAUGUCACCUUUGCUCCUUCGCACCAGCAAGCUUCGUCUGUCUUCAGUUGGGAAAAAAAGGACACGACCCGCCCUGGCGCCCAGACCCGCCUAGAUCCGCCCAGGCCGCCUAGGCGCCGCCUAGAUCCGCCCAGGCCGCCUAGGGUCCCUGGUGUUGGUGACCUCCUGCCUAGCGCCUAG